UGUGCGUUUUAUUACUACAAAACGCAAACGGCGACUCACGGAAUUUUUUUUUUUAGAAAAAAAAAAAAAAAAAAACCGAAAAACAGAAGAACUGUUUCUAGUUCUUGGUUCUUCUUCAACACACUCAUUUUCUUAUCCAAAACUCUGCUUUCUCUGUAUUUUCUGUAAACAGAUCCUAUCAUUAGCUUUCUUCAUCUCCGCUUUUCGAUUAUUUUCUCUCAUUAAUCCUAGCCUCGGAUCUCACUCGAGCAUUUUCGUUUCCUAUUCUGGCUUUCUUUGUUUCUUUUUCUCUGUUUCUGAUUCCAAGAAACUUGUAACUGUCUCGGCACUCAACUAUUAGCAGUUCGAUCAAUGGACUGGGGUCUAUAGCAAAUAGAAAAGAACCAAGAAAAUGAAAGGGGAGUCAUCUGGGUUGAUCAUUGGAAUCUCAAUAGGGGUGGUGAUUGGAGUGCUUCUAGCUGUUUUGUCACUCUUCUGUUUUAGGUGUCAUAGGAAACGCUCGCAGAUAGGUAAUAGUAGUUCGAGGAGGGCCGCCACCAUCCCUAUCCGGGCAAACGGUGCUGAUUCGUGUACUAUAUUAUCAGAUUCAACUCUUGCCCCUGAAUCACCCGUUAAAUCCGGACGCAACGGCAUGCCCUUGUGGCUUGAAGGAUUUAAGAAGAGCAAUGUGAUGGCAGUCUCUGGAAUCCCUGAGUAUUCUUACAAGGAUCUGCAAAAAGCAACCUAUAAUUUUACAACACUAAUAGGACAAGGAGCAUUUGGUCCUGUUUAUAAAGCUCAAAUGUCAACUGGCGAGACGGUUGCAGUUAAAGUGCUUGCAACCAAUUCCAAGCAAGGGGAGAAAGAGUUUCACACAGAGGUUAUGCUAUUGGGAAGGUUGCAUCAUAGAAACCUGGUGAACUUGGUUGGAUAUUGUGCAGAAAAGGGCCAACAUAUGCUUGUAUAUGUCUAUAUGAGUAAAGGCUGCUUGGCUUCUCAUUUGUACAGUGAAAGCCAUGAACCAUUGAGCUGGGAUUUGAGGGUUUAUAUUGCCUUAGAUGUAGCAAGGGGUUUGGAGUAUCUUCAUGAUGGGGCAGUUCCUCCUGUGAUUCACCGGGAUAUUAAAUCUUCCAACAUUCUGUUGGAUCAUUCUAUGAGAGCCAGGGUAGCAGAUUUUGGUCUUUCAAGAGAAGAGAUGGUAGACAGACAUGCGGCUAACAUACGGGGAACUUUUGGAUAUCUUGAUCCUGAGUACAUAUCUACAAGGAACUUCACAAAGAAGAGUGAUGUCUACAGCUAUGGAGUGUUGCUCUUUGAACUUAUAGCUGGCAGAAAUCCUCAACAAGGUCUCAUGGAACAUGUUGAACUCGCAGCAAUGAAUACUGAGGGGAAAGUGGGGUGGGAGGAAAUCGUGGAUUCUCGUCUAGAUGGGAAAUUUGAUGUGCAGGAGCUGAAUGAGGUGGGGACUCUUGCAUAUAAAUGUAUCAACCGUGUACCCAAAAAACGGCCUUCCAUGAGGGACAUCGUGCAAGUACUCACACGGAUUAUCAAACUGAGGCACAAUGGAAGGCAUUAUCACAGAAGGUCCCUUUCGGCCACAGCGGAUGAGGUUUCCAUCGAUUUGGACCAACCAGAAAUCAAGACUCCAGUCUCCGAGUGCCACCGGAGAGAGGAGUCUGUUGAAAGUGCUGACAAUUGUGAAGUUUAGAUGAUGGUUUUUUUUUUUUUUCUUUUAUUUGUUUUGUGAUACAUACAUGAUUUCCAAAAGGAGUUAGAGGCAAAGCAGAUCCAUCCUAAUACUGAAAUAUUGAUUUCUGCCUGAGUGAGUGAGGAUUGAAAGGAUUCAAUUAUGUCGUCUUGUAAUUUUUUUUGUAACAUAAUUAGGGUUUUUUUUUUAAAAAAAAAUUUUAUAUCUAUCUUGUACAUUACUUUUUGAGAAAUGGAAAUGAAGGAAAAAUUACUCUUUUUCUUGUAAA